UGUUGGUCGAUGAAGAAAAGGUGAGCGUCGUGGGAGGGCGGGCCACCUGUGACGGCAAAUGAGUGGAGAGGAGCUCCAGUCAGUCCCACUGUCAGAAGCCUAGCCCCACUGUGUGUGUCAUCCAGUGGGUGUUUGUGUGUCAGUGUAUUCACAGGCGUUUAAAGUCCAGUUGGAUUAUCGGGAGCUCAAGGAAACGUAUAUCUUUAUCUUCGAGGAAUUUGUACAGCAGGUUCUUCACUCUCAUCUACAGCAGUUUGAAAGAGCCAGAGCCCAGUGUGGUUGUCUUGAGUGCGUCGGUGUGUGUUUGCAGGGGUCUGUGUGAGUCGUGGGCUGAAUAUGUUUGUGUGAGUGCUUCACAUGACUGUACACCCCGGUCCAAGGAGAGUAAGAGUCCCGUGAGACCCUCAGUGGAGAUGCAGGGAGCUGGAUCCCCUGCAGCGCGGCUCCUGCUGCUGAGCUGCUGUGUGUGUGCGGCAGCCGGCUACCCGUUUAGACCGCCGCUGGACCUGGAUGUGACCCCACGCAUCACUGUGUUGAGCAGCGGUCUUCAGGGCUGCAGGCGUUUCCAGUCGUCUGCAGUCAACUACAGCACCAUGUUGCUGGAGGCUGACAGCGAGCGUCUCUACGUGGGUGCUCGUGGGGCUGUAUUCGCUCUCAAUGCCUCUGACAUCUCAGCCGGCUCUGCUCUCACUAUCGAGUGGGAGGCCUCCUCUGAGCAAAAACUUGAGUGUAUGCUCAAGGGAAAAGACAAUAAGACGGACUGUUUUAAUCACAUUCGCUUCCUGCAGAGGUUCAACUCCACUCAUCUCUACGUGUGUGGGACUUAUGCCUUCAGACCACUCUGUGCAUACAUAAACGAGGAGAGGUUUGUGAUAUCAUCUCAGCCUGAAGAUGGUAAAGACAAAUGCCCCUAUGGACCCACAAUGGGCUACACGGGCCUCAUCAUUGACCAGCAGAUGUAUACAGCUGCCCAGUAUUCUUUCAGGGGCUUUCCAGAUAUCCGACGUAACUCUCCUUUUCCCACGCUGAAGACAGAAGACGCCCCCACUCGCUGGCUGAACGAGGCGGACUUUGUUGGCUCUGCGCUGGUGAAGGAAAGUUUGGGCGGCAGCAGCGGUGGCACAGAUGAUAAAAUGUACUUCUUCUUCACGGAGAAGAGCCAGGAGCAGACGACGACCUACAGCCACAGCAGGGUGGCACGGGUGGCGCGGGUCUGUAAGGGGGACCGAGGAGGCCAGUUCACUCUCCAGAAACGCUGGACGUCCUUCCUCAAAGCCAGGCUGACGUGUUCUCUGCCCGAGUAUGACUUCCACUUCAAUGUGCUGCGGAGCAUGUUCGUCAUGCCCGGCCAAGCGCCACAGGAAACGCUUUUCUAUGGUAUCUUCGGCUUGGAGUGGAAAAACGUGAAGGCGUCUGCGGUGUGUCGGUUCUCCCUCUCUGAAGUUCAGGAGGCCUUUCAAGGACCCUACAUGGAGAACCAGGACUCUGGCUCUAAGUGGAAGGAAUACACUGGAAAGAUCCCUGACCCAAGACCUGGAACGUGUAUAACAGACGCUCUGAGGGCAAGGGGUAUAAACGUGUCCACCUCUCUGCCUGAUGAUGUGCUGGAUUUUGUCAGGAGGCAUCCUCUGAUGUCCCAGCAGGUCCAGCCAUCAGACAGACGUCCGCUUCUGUUCAGGAGGACCACAGACUACACACACAUGGCCGUACAAAUGGUCCAAGGCUUGGAUGGACAAACAUACCAUGUGUUAUACAUGGGCACAGAUGAGGGCUGGUUACAUAAAGCUGUGGAAGUCGAGGGUCAGCUGCAUAUUAUCGAGGAGCUUCAAGUCUUUGAGGAGCCGCAGCCUGUUAACAACCUGCAAAUAUCUGCAAAACAGAUGAGUGUGUAUGUGGGCUCUCCUUCAGGCGUGGUGCAGCUCCCUCUCUCUUAUUGUGGCAGGUACACCUCCUGCUAUGACUGCAUCUUUGCCAGGGACCCAAACUGUGCCUGGAGCGGAGUCCAAUGUGUGGACAUCAUGUCCCAGGCAGAAAGAUCCACUUUAAUCCAGGAUGUCCAGCACGGGAGGAAGGGAUGCGAGAACACACAAGAUGAUGUCGCCCUUCGUAGUCGCUCUGUUCGUGUUGGUGAUGACGUGCUGCUGCAGUGUGAGCUUAGCUCCAACCUGGCCACGCCCCUCUGGACUCUUGACGACAGCGAGCUGCAGGGCUACGGCCUCAACUCUGGCUUCAGGACCGGCACCGACGGCCUGCUGAUCAUUGAGGCUCGGCAGGACCAGAGCGGACUCUACACCUGCUACGCUGUGGAGAACAGCAUCAAGGUUCCCAUAGUAACCUACAAUGUCACCAUUCGCCUGGACCUGCCGCCUCCCCCUCCUGUCGAACCAAUAGGAGACUCUUACAGUCUCUUCGGCACUAUGCCAGCACCCACUGAGCAUUACCCAACAGAGAGGCCCCUCCCUCCUUCUCCAGCUUCUCUCCUCCCGCACUCAGAGCUGCUGUCUCCCAGGAACAUGGAGGCCAUGUAUCUGUCCCUCAUCACAAUCCUCGGAGCGCUUUGCGUGGUCCUCACCGUGGUCCUCGUCUACGUGGGUUUCUGCCUACGACUUGGCAACAGAGGAAAGUACUCAUUACGCGCCGCAGCUGCUGCCUACCCCGUCCAUAAGAGGCACAACAGGAACAGGAAACAGAGCCGAAACUCCGCCCACAUGGAGCUGAAGACCAUCUCAAGCCACUGCAACGGCAACAGGAUUUGUAACGGAGUGUCUAAGCACCAUAAUGGCGACAUUCAGGAGGGAGGCUUCCUUCAGAUCGUGCCCGGUGAGGGUCACACAUCAGCCAAUAAAGGGCCCCCACCCCCAGCCCCCCCUCUACCACCAACUCCUCAACAUCCCUCUCCAGAGUGCGAGUUCCCAAACGGGCUGUCAGCCACGCUGCCUAACGUCCUGCGGAGGAUGAACGGCAACAGUUACGUAUUGCUGAGGCAGAGCGACUCUGAAAACACGUCCCCACUCUGCUACUCCUUUGCUGAGGAGCUCAACAAGAUUUUAGAGAAGAGAAAACACACUCAGCUGCUUCCAAGGCCAGAUGAGAGCUCUGUAUAGAGUGAUGUAGCUCCCCCUGUGGUGGGAGGACUGUUGUUGUACCUGGUGCUGAAGUGCUCCGCAUAUGGCUUUUUUUUGUUGUGCGGACCAAAGCCACCUCAGAGUCUUCUCUACAUUCUUUUCUUUGGAUUUUUUUCAAUGAUAGUACAUUCCAGCCUUUGAAACUUUGAGCUGUUUGUCAUCUGUAAUUAUCAACUACUAACAAGGUUGAAGUAAAAAUUCCAGCGAGGGAUCAAGAAUGAAGUGGAAAGAGUAAUCUACCUCACCUGAAUACUGCCCCGCUGACAUGUGCAGUCAGUCUGAUCCCACAGCUCUGAUCAACAAAGCACAAAGCGGGACUCACGGACUCUGACAAAGAGCAGAGCCCCGCAGGAAUAUAAAUACAUGUCAAGACUUCAGCUGUGAGGCGGCCAUAUUUGGCUCGAUUUCAAGUGGAGGGCAGCUAGCCAAAGUUUGUUUGCACUGACAAGUGCACAGAUGGCCUAUGCAUUUUUAAACCAUGACAUUCACACAUUAUAAAUAUUGAGGGAAAUGGAGGUGGUGACCGAGGGAAUUUGGUUGGCGAUGAUUUUCGAACGGACUCAACCAAAAUAAUAAACACUAACUCAUGACAGCACGUAACACUUUACACCAGCCUUCAUUAACAAACGGUGAGCUAAUCAUUAUUGAAGUAUUUAACAUCACCUGGAGUGAGUGGGAGUAUUAUUCAAUUGUUUUCAAUUAAUCAUGUCAUCAGUUCUAAUGUGGUUAAAAAAUCAAUAACCUUUGACUGCAUAUGUUAACAGUUUGUAAGUAAUUACAUUAUAUACAGGUAAACAUAAUACAAUGCAAACUAAAUGGUUAAAAACACCUUAAAAAGGUUGUUUCAAGUCAUCAAAUCUGUUAACAAAUGGCCAUUAAAUGCAUAUUACUUAAGCAUUAUGUGGAUCCAUAUUUUACAUAAAAUAUCAAUUUAUAUUAAAUUGCACCAGGCAAAUACAAAUAAUGUUAUUAGUUGAAGAAAUAUUAAAUAGUGAUUAUUUCACCAGUUGGUAAAAGGCGACAUGAAGGAUAUGACAGUAUUAUUGCUUUAAAUGCACUUUAAAUAACUGUUUUAAAGCGCUUUGGGAAAGUGAAUGGAUGCUUGUAAGGACCUUGACUCAAGAAGCAGCAGGCUGGUGGAGCUUUUAUACCGUCUGUCUCAGUGUGAAGAGCUGCAUGUGUGUCUGCUGGACUUUGAUUGACACAAGUGGAUUAGACGGAAACAUUGACUGUGUCCACUGAGCCCCCAACCACCGCUGACUGAGUUACAUCCUGCAGGAGAUAACAACAGAAUGAAGGACUGUGAGAAGAAACGAGAGAGCCAAAAUCAUCCCAGGUCUGAUGUGCAAGGGUCAGUUUGAAUUCUUCUGAAUUUCUUUCCCGGGGACACCAACUCUAAACCAGCAUCAGAUGGCAGGACCGGCCGCAAAGAUGUUCUUUUAAUGAGCAGUGAAAUGAGAUUCGCCAUCAUUAGCGGACAUCUGAGUCACAAGAGAAUAAAAGGCUGGAGAAAAAGGGCUACUGCAUGAAAGUCUCUGCACCUACAGCUUUGCUCACGCACAACUGGAAUGAAAAUUCUCGGCUGCAGUGACUCACCGAGGAACGCUUAUCCCUCAGACAGCCGAUCUUUGUGUGCUCAGAGCGAUCGCCGCGAUGCAAACUCUGACCUUUCUGUCACACCUGCUGCAUGAAAUAUUUUUCAACAGUUUUUUUCAGCUCUUGAAGUCAAGGAUAACUCAUGUUGAUUUUAAUGAAAAGUGCCAAGGUUGAUGUUAAAAAUGUGCUUCGUGAGCCCUUUUUUUAUUGCAAAAAAAAUGAAGGAAAAUGGUUUUUAAAUGAGGCUUAUUUAUUUUGUCAUUUUGUAACUUGUGUUUUUGAAGUUAUUGUCAAUGUUGUUUUUCAGUGCCACUUGUAAAAAAAAAAACCUUCCUGGUGCACAAGUCGCCUGUGUUGCACAAAAACGUGAUUAAUAGGAGCACGGUAGCCAAAAGCAUGCAGAGGCUGAACCAGCACAACAUUAUUAUAUUUAUAACCGCCUUAUAGGAGGACAAAAAUACUUCAAUUAACCUUUCUACUAUAACCCAUUUAUUAGACAUCAUUCGGCUUUUCUGUCACUUUAAUGUCGUCCACUUUUAGCUUGAUUUCUAUUUGCAUGUUUCACCCACUUUGUGCACAAAGCAAAUCUUUGACUAGACUAACACGCAGACUAACAGGGCAGUGGGGUCCUUCACAUUUCAAAGAGUUCAAAUAAAACUUUGUACUUAAA